AUGUCGCCUGUGAACAAACAUAUCUCGAAACUUGCUGGAGCAAAUAUCCUCAUCAUUGGCGGGACUGCUGGUGUUGGUUACGCUGUCGCCGAAGCUGUGGUUGAAUAUGGCGCUGCUUCAGUCAUUCUUUCAAGUUCCAACCUUGAUCGUGUUUCCGCCUCCACCUCGCGCCUUCGCGAGUCAUACCCAUCGACUGCUUGCGAAAUCACUGGCUUUGCGUGCGACUUGAAGCAAGAGAGCCUACUUGAAUCCAACAUCGAAAGUCUUUUCAAAGCCGCGACGUUGGAAGGAACUCGGCAGUUAAAUCAUGUCAUUUUUACUGCUGGUGAUCACCCAAACCCAAAGCCUUUAUCGGAAAUCGACUUCACUUUCAUCAAAGAAACUGGCCUAGUGCGCUUCUUUGCCCCAUUGUUGAUAGCAAAACAUGCGAUGAAGCACAUGGCACCGGGCCCUGCAUCCAGUAUUUCGUUCACCUCCGGAAUCAGCGCCUAUCGUCCUUACCCCAAUUGGAAUGCGCUGGGAGCCUAUACCGGCUCAUUGGAGGGCAUGGUUCGAAGUUUGGCGGUGGAAAUGAAGCCAGUGCGCGUAAACCUGGUCUGCCUUGGCCCCGUUGACACAGACCUCAUAGCUCGCUGGUACUCUACUCCUGAGGAGCGUAAGAGAGGCAUUGAUGCUAUCGGUAGUACUUCUGUGACGGGGGCCAUUGGGCAAGCUGAAGAUGUUGCAGAAGCUUAUGUGUACUGCAUGAAAGACUACAACUUGACGGCAUCCGUCAUAAAUUCCAACGGAGGAAUGUUGAUGGUCUGA